AUGGGGCUCCAUGUGAAGUCGGUUAUCCCGAAAAGAUCCUGGAAGAUGAGAAAAUUGAGAGGAGGACCUUUCCUGGAUUCAAAAGGAUUCAAGUACAUCUUAAUAGCCAUCGACUAUGUCUCAAAAUGGGCUGAAGCUGAGGCAUUCCGAAUAAAUGAUGGGAAAUGUGUCAUAAAAUUCAUCAAAAAGUUGUUCACAAGAGCGUAUUGGGCAAUCAAGAGGUUGAAUGAAGAUUUAUACUUGGCCGGCAAAGAAAGAAUGUUGCAACUAAAUGAACUUGAUGAGUGGAGAGCUUUGGCCUAUGACACCUCAAAAGCUUGCAAGGAAAGGGUCAAGCAAUAUCAUAACCUUCAUAUCAAGAGAGGGAAAGAAUUUGUGGUUGGUGACCGUAUCUUGUUGUACAACUCAAGGCUUAAGCUUUUUCCGGGAAAACUCAAGUCCCGAUGGUCUGGUCCUUUUGAAGUUACAAAGGUUUAUCCCUAUGACACCUUAGAAAUCUCACAUCCGGAGAAAGAUAUCUUUAAGGUUAAUGGACAACAAGUCAAGAAGUAUUAUGACACGGAUGUGGUUAAAGAGAAAAAGCAUGUCUUUAGUUUGGUUCCUUGA